GUAUUACAUCAUGUGCUUCUUCUAUCGCAUGGUGAUCUUCGCCGUGGUAUCACUAUGCUUCAAAGUGUUUGUCAACUGAUGAACCCAUCCACCGUAGAUAGCACCUGUUUGUCUACGAAAUGUCCCACUAUUACCUCAGAUCAGUUGGAUGAAGUCGCUGCUGUGGUCCCCAGUUCCUUGUUGGACAAGCUGCUGCAGUCCGCCAAAACCGGUCGUUUCGAUGAAGUGCAAUCCAGUAUCAAGGAUCUUUUGAUGGAAGGACAUUCGGCGCAUCAGGCAGUUGAUCAAUGUCAAGAACUCAUUCUCGCCGAUGAGAACAUGCCUGAUCAUCGGAAGGGUCCAAUGUUGGAAGCUCUGGCGGUACGUGUAAUCUAUUUUUAUUGA